GCUGUCUGGAGGCGCAUAGAGAACAUCCAGCCUCUUCUCUGCUUUAUUAAAGACUCUUCUGCGAGGAAAAACACCCUGACAUCGAUAUAACAGAAAGAUGGCUGAGCCUCGCUUUAAUAAUCCAUAUUUCUGGCCACCACCUCCCUCUAUGCCUGGUCAAUUGGAUAACCUGGUUCUUAUCGACAAAAUCAAAGAGCAACUGAUGGCAGAAAAGAUAAGACCUCCGCAUUUGCCGCCCACCACUGUCCCCUCUCAGCAGACCCUGCUGGUGGCCUCUCAACCAUCAGAUGCUGGACAGCAUGUCAUGUCCAUCCCCAAACUACAGCAGGUGCCCGGCCUUCAGGCCCACAAUUCUUCUCAGCCUGACAUAGCCCUGCACGCCCGUCCAGCAUCCAGCACCAUUGCAGAGCUGAGUAUAGAUGACAAGUCAGCAGUGAAGGCAAAGGGAUUGUGGGAAGACUGGCAUAUGCGUCAAGCAGUGGAGCAAGCCUCCAGAACGAACCAUCGAUCAGGUCUCACGCUGUCGUCCCGCACAGACAGCCACAACACCUCUGAGGCUAUUACUCCCACAACCCCUACAUCCAGCAGCCAGAACCGUUUAGGCGGAGCGGCUUCCUUAAACACCAUAUCCGGUUUGGCCAGCGGCCCCGGGAUGGACCACAUCAAAAGUGGCGGUCUGGUAGGGAUGCUGGGACCACAGCCCAAAGCUCCACGGGGGCGCAAGAAGAUUAAGGCGGAGCACAACACGGGCCCCUUACUGGUGGUGCCGUACCCACUUCUGGCCUCAGGCCCUGACCAGGCAGUCACCAUCGCCAAAGAGGGAAAAACCUACAGGUGUAAAGUGUGUCCACGCACUUGCUUCAACAAGUCUGAGAUGCAGAUUCAUUCCAAGUCCCACACGGAGGCCAAACCUCACAAGUGCCCUCACUGUUCAAAAUCCUUCGCCAACGCCUCCUAUCUAGCACAGCACUUACGCAUUCACUUAGGCAUUAAGCCCUACCACUGCUCCUACUGUGAGAACUCUUUCCGCCAGUUAUCACACCUCCAGCAGCACACCAGGAUUCACACUGGGGACAGACCAUAUAAAUGCGCUCAACCUGGAUGUGAAAAAGCAUUCACACAACUCUCAAACCUACAGUCUCACCAGAGACAACAUAACAAAGACAAGCCAUACAAAUGUCCGAACUGCUACAGAGCUUACACAGACUCGGCCUCGCUACAGAUCCAUCUCUCCGCACACGCCAUCAAGAACGCUAAAUCGUACUGCUGCAGUAUGUGUGGUCGCGCAUACACCUCAGAGACCUACCUAAUGAAGCACAUGUCCAAACACACCGUGGUGGAGCAUCUGGUCAGCCACCAUUCGCCACAGAGAACUGAAUCUCCCAGCAUCCCCAUCCGCAUCUCACUCAUCUGAGCUUCCUCCCCUUGUGUUUCGCUUCCAUUCAAAGGUAUUUUGUUCACUGCGAUGGUCUUCCGUUAAAAAAAAAAGAAACAAAAGAGAAGAAGAAUGUUAUAUAUGUGAGACCUCGGAGGACUGAUUUUAUGUUUAGCGUAGAGUCUACAGGCCAUAGACUCUACAUCUGCUGUCUGGAUUGAAUGGUUUCACUACAGGCAGCAGUCUAAAAUGGUUUGAUUGGUUUGUUUCAAUUCCAAAAGCGCAAAUGGCACACUUGUGGUCAUUUUAACAUUUCGUUUCAAAGGUGUGUAAAGGGAGACUUCCAAAGAUACUCUUUAAGCACUUUUACGGCCUCGUGGUUUCGGGCUCAAAGUAGAAUCUUUUUCAGAACGGGAUCGGCUUCUCUUUGGGCAGCUAUGAGAGUUUAAAUUUAGUUUUAGAACGUCGGCUUUUCCUCCUCGUCGUUUGUUUUAACAGGAUGUUGUGUUUUAUAUACUGUGGAUGUGACACAGCUUCCACUUUAAGCUUCUAUUAUUCUUUUUUAUAAGGAGUGUUAGGUCACGGUUGAGAAAUGAAAAUUGAUUCUGUACAGGUCCAUUUUGUGGAUGUUUUUUUUUUAUUUUUUUUUUUACAUUUUAUCAUUGCCUAUGUAUUUUUGGGAGACUCAAAUGAGGAAUUUAAGAAAUCCCCCUGAUGUUUCGCUAAUUUAGAGUGUCGAUAAGAUGUGACACUCUCUAAAAUAACGACUUGUGAUUUGCAUCUUAGAUGUUAUACUUGUUACAAUUUUUUUGCGUGCAAUGCAAACGCCAACCCUUCCAAUCAGUAUUUUGAGGGGGAGAAAAAAAGUGUCCUUUUUUGUCAUUUUGGUUAAUUAAAUGACAAAAUCGCAUCAUGAUGGUCCAUUAAAUGGAUUUUUUGUCAUGAUGUUAACAGAAGUGUCACACAGGCUCAGUGUUGUUUAUCUGAAUCACACAUUUGAGGUGUAAUGCGGGUCUUUAAGGGAUAAUUCACACAAAAAUGAAAAUUCUUCCUCAGCAUUUUCUCACGCUCAUGUUUGAAACUUUAAAAAUUUGAUAUUUUUAAGAAUUUAGCCCAUUUUACACAGUGAUACCGGUAAAUAUCCGGAAGGUUACCGGAACGACUUUAUCGGUAAGUUCAAAAAAGCGCUGUUCACACCGGCAGAAAAUGUUCUGGAAUUUUUCCAUUCCAAAAUACCGGUAAUUUCUGACAUCAUUAAUCAGAAAGACUUCUAAACGGCUGCGCUUGUAUUUGUAAACCUAGAAGGGGUCGGGCUUUUGUUGAGUUGAUGGUACAUAAUAUGUGUGUGUACUGGCUCUCACCGGCUGCUUAACAUGCACACGCGUUAAGCAACUGAAGCAGAGCUUGAAGCUAAAUAAACAGCGGUUUAUCAUAAGCAUUUUAUCGAUAGUUUUUUUACACAGUUGGCAUUAAGAAGGAACAUACAAACGUUAUCUGACUAACAACUAGCAGCUAAAUGUGUCUGGAAAAAUAUUCAAAGGCUUUUAUUUUCGUAAAAAUACAGCGUGAAUGUGUCUGAAUGUUCUGAUUAGCUGGAGUAGACAUCUCACGUCAGCAUGUUCUAAUCGUGAAAGGGCUCUUUCCGGCAAUGUUCCUGCGUUCGCAUUCCAGCAAAUUACUGGUAAUGUUGCAACUUCUCUUUCCGAAAAAUAAGUAAUUGGAUGAGUAAAUUAUGACAGAUUAUUUAUUUUUGGGUGAGCUAUCCUUUUUAAAGUUUUAAAGUGAUAAUUGAUGCCACAAACUGAAAAUAGUUCAGUAUAUUUUCUCAACAAAGAUAAACCUGACUUUUUCUUCAGAAGAACAUUGAAGAAGCUUUUUAGCGAUUUAAAAAAUGUAAAUAAAUAACUACCAGGAGAAAUUUUUUUUUAAAAUACAGGCAAAACAGCAUUAAUGUCGUGGCUCCUGAUGAUGCAUUUAGGCACAAGGUAUACCGCGGUUUGGAAAAAUCAAGGUUUUAAAACCGUCAACAUUUUUUGGUAUACCGUUUCUAAGGUGUGUGUAAGCCUUUAUGGGCUGUUAUAAGAAUCUGACGGUACGAUAACCUUGGAUGAAAAUAACACAGUUUCACGGUACUGCUCUAAAUUAUCUUGUUUUUAAAUUUCAGGGUAAAAAACAAAAAAAAAAUUUCCCAUUAAACACGCUCUUUUUUUAUUUUGAGAAACAUUCAAAAUAUUUCGCAACUGUAAACAAGUCCGGCUAAAUAAUUCAACUGAAUCAUUGACUUCUGUUGUCUACCUUCGUUUCAAAAACACUGAUUUCUUUACAAUUUAAAAUGGCAUCUUCGGAUAUCUUUUCAGCUGGAGAUACUGUUGUCCAGAAAACUAAAAAACCAUAAAUAAAGGCUUACACAUACCUUAGGAACGGGAUAGCAAAAAAUGUUGG